AUGGAGACAUCGGGUGUAGCCACGCGUCUGUUGAGAGCACCGGUUGGGUUGUGUGUCGCGGUCGUCCUGCUCAUUACUGGGUCGACUGGGUUAGUCUGUUACACUGCAGUGGAAUCACUGGAUUUAGGCUGCCUCCUGCGGUGGGAUUGUCCCUAUGCCAGUCCUAAUACCACCUACACCGUGCAGACGAAGACGCAGGGGGACCCCUGGCAGGACGUGCCGUGGUGUGUUUGGGUCUCGUCCCGCAGCUGUGACGUGUCUCAGGCCUUCUCAGACUUUGAGCUGUACAACAUGAUUCGUCUCGGCGUCCACCUCAGCCCCAGCUCCACUGUCUGGAUGAAACCACGCAAGUUCGACUACAGUGACCUCACUUUCAGCCCUCCGUCCGUCUCAGUCUCUCUGAAGGAUGAGCAGCUGUUGGUGAGGGUGCAGUUCCCCUGUGCUGCCAACAGGGGGUGCUCUCCGGAGAGGUGCUGUGCCAUCUCUGAACUGAUUGACCCCUGGACAACAGUGACUGUGUACAACAAGCUCAAUCACUCAGAAUAUCAGAGCCGUACGGUUUGGACCCAGGAGGUGGUCUCCUUUGUGGAGUUCUCUGGUUUGUCUCCGGGUCACAACUACUGCGCUGUGGCCAACUUCUCCUUCCCCACCUUCUCCAUGGCCGCUUCGCCGAAGUCUGCCCCUCAAUGUGUCGAGAUGGUCUCAAAAUCAGGGCUGCUGCCUGUGCUGAGUGUGGGAGCCGUGCUGAUUUCUCUGCUCCUCGUCCCACUUCUCACCGUGGUUCUGAAAAAACCAAGACAAGCUGCACCAACCGCUGAAAGUCAACCCAAGACUCCGGCGCCUCUUCAUGAUCCAGUCUCUUUGGUCCCUCUGUCCCUGCUCCCAGUCGACCCGUGUGACAUCCACUUGGAGCUCCCUGAUGAUCACAUCUCCAUCGAGUCCUCCUCCAGUCACGUCUCCAACCAGGACCGGACUUCAACCUUGGAAAACACCUACACCUGCGAUCCUCUCCAUCACGACUCCAGCUCCGGUGGAGUGUACUGGGACAGCGGAGGGAUGGAGCUGGAGAUGGAGAUGGAGCUGGAGCUGGAGCGAGGCCUGGACUCUGGCAUCAGCAUCCCACAUGUGUCUCACUCCUCUGAGGAGACAUGUGCGACAAAUGAAGACUGAUACUAAAAAGCUGAGCGUCAUCUCUCCGUGAGUGUCGCUCUGCAAAGUUGCCCCAUCGGAGCUGCGCUGCCUCUUGUCCGUGACUGACACCACAUUCUGCCUCCUGCACGAAAACCAGGAACAUCUUGACAUCUCGCUUUUCUGCCUUCUGUUUUGCUGGUGUUGCAUUCUUUCCGCAACAUUGGGGAGCCUUGGAGGUUUGGCCGUCCAGCAUUGUUUGUCUCCCCUUCUACCUUUUCCAGAGUCCACAGAGACCUGGGGGGUUGUCCAAGGCUCCACGCACAAGCCAGUGGCAUGGCUUUUAUUAAUAAACACACUGCUUACGUCGUGGAGAGAUGAUUAAUGUAUGAAGCAAAAAGUUGGCUCGUGUGAAUGAGCACCUGACUACACAACAGUGGAGCUGCUGUUCUCUCCAGCAUCCAGAAGCGGGACACGGUUGACUUUUUUUAUUUUUCUUUUCUGCGUUUUGCAGCAACUUUUCUGAAAAUCUCCAGAGGUGUGUGUGUGUGUGUGUGUGUGUGUGUGU